AUUCACCCUACGCAAUCAAUCUAAUUAAUAACCAUACAAAAAAUUGCAAGCGAUAAUAUUAGGUAAUCUAUUGUAGCAAUUAGCUUGUAAUUGAUUGCCAUCACAGCAGUUUGGCAGGGAGGUGAAGAGUGUACAAACAACAUGGGAGCCCUCAUCAGCAGUCUCUUCAGCUGGCUCUUCGGGGGCAGUAAGUACCCAGCCCUGGGCCCCAACCCUGAUAAACCCAACGACAUCACGGGCCUCACCCCUCGAGAGGCCAGGGCCGUGGUCGUUACCUGGGACAUAGUGAAACCCAACAUGGCCCACCACGGCGUCCAGUUCUUCCUCAGAUUAUUUGAAAGGCACCCGAACAUCCAAAAGAAGUUCAGCGGCUUCGAUGGCAAGCCGUUGGCAGUCCUCCAGGAAGACAAAAGGCUUAGGGCCCACGCCACGACCGUCAUGAACGCCAUCAACAGCGUCGUUGAAUCCCUCGGCGACCCUGAAACUCUCGUCGAAAUUCUCAAGACCACAGGAAAAAAUCAUAAGAGAAGAGGCAUCGAGAAAACUCAUUUCGAGAGUCUGCGGGUUGUGCUGCUGGACUACCUACGGGAUAACCUGGGCACAGCUUACUCGCCCAUGGCCCAGCAGGGAUGGAGUAAGGCUUUGGCCGCCGUCAAUGCCGUCAUAUUUCAGGCGUAUGAUCUCCCUGAAAAAUAAGACAAAUAAUAAUUGCUCGCAUCAUAGUAGCGACACGAGAUCGACGAUUUCUGUCCAUCAUAUUAUUAGUAUUAGACCGCGAGAAAAUUAUCUGCCCUCUCUGUCCACUAUAAGAUUUUAAUUUUAGACCACGAGGAAAUUAUCUGCCCAUUCUGUCCACUAAAAGAUUAGUAUUAGACCACCAGGAAAUUAUCUGCCCUUUCUGUCCACUAAAAGAUUAGUAUUAGACCACCAGGAAAUUAUCUGCGAUUUCUGUCCACUAUAAGAUUUUAGUUUUAGACCACGAGGAAAUUAUCUGCGAUUUCUGUCCACUAUAAGAUUUUAGUUUUAGACCACCAGGAAAUUAUCUGCGAUUUCUGCCCACUAUAAGAUUUUAGUUUUAGACCACCAGGAAAUUAUCUGCCCUUUCUGUCCACUAUAAGAUUUUAGUUUUAGACCGCGAGGAAAUUAUCUGCGAUUUCAGCCCUUUAUAAAAUUAUUAUUAAACUGCAAGAAAAUUGACUGCGACCGUCUAACGCUCCUGGAUUGCUUAUGUAAAGUCUACAGAAAGUGAAAAUAUUGACAAACUACGAGCUUUAGCGUGCGACGAUCAAAUAAUAUUUGGUUGUGUAAAUUUGUUUCCAUGGUCUGCUCUAUCGUUUAUUUUACAUAUAAGUGAAUAAAUCUUUACUUGGAAUACAAAUUUUUCAUUUAUAUAAUGCAGUAUUGGCAGCUUCAUGAUCAUCGCACUUUGAAUAACUGGCAUGUUUUAAUUAAGGUACGCAGGUCUCCUCCUGAUGGCUGCCACCUUGUGAAUUAGAAUGACUCAAGUUGAAUAUACGGCGUGAAUGAUAGCAGCAAAUUAUUGAUGACGCAGUAACGGCCGGUAGGUCAGAGAAAAUAACCGUGUACUGAGUCGUCAGCCAUACAAGAUUUACAGUUAGCUUUACAAUUUUGACCGUAGAAUCAUGCUUUGAAAUCAUCGUAGUUUAAAACUUAGAAUACUCAUUGUUACUAAUGUCUGCACUCGUAAUUAAGGAUCCAAAACCAUGAGAGGAUCCCGCAUCAUAUACAUGCCUAAAAAAUAAAUUUAUGUGUAUUUAAUUGUAGGGAGAACCUGUUCUACCAACCGACGUUCACGCGUCAACCUAACGAGAAUUUAACCCAAGUACCGAAAUGCAUUUAUUAACAACCAUGAUUUCUCUUCCAGUC